ACCCCCUUCCGUUUAUUUUGAUUGUUAAACCUUGUGACGCGACAAUUAUCUGUACUUGUGAGACCUCGCUGAACCUUGUGCCAUCCCUACUAUAAACGAUGUGUGCCUUGAAUUAAGGAUGAGCAAUGAAUGAGCAUUGGCAAAUUGCAAGAUGUGUGGUCCUACGAUUACAAAUGAAGUCCAAAUACAAGUAUUGAGAUUUUCUUUGAUACUACUUCCUAUUUCAGUUCAUGUAACCACAAAAUAAAUACCCCCAAAAAACCAAAACCAUGUGCCUUUUUUUCCCACCAACAAUACAUCGCCAACACAGCCUCUUGUUUUCCUCACAAACUUAAUGGAGUCAUCUAGUCUAGUCUAGUCUAGUAAAAACAAAACUUUAAAGAAUCAGAUGAUAUAUUUGAUCUCUUUUUUACACACAGAAAAAGAUUCAAAAAUAUUUGGAAAAGUUUAAAUAUUUAAUUGAGAUAGAGGUGAGGUGAAGUAUACAUAUAUCUGAAAACCGUAGCUCCUGGUUUUGUUAUAUUCUUUGGGCGUCUUUAAACUUCUAUAUAUAAUAAUUUCCUUCACUCUUCUAGCUCAACCAAAACACAUGAUACCACUUCAAGUAAGCAAUUUUCUUUGUCAUCUAAAAAGCUACAAAAUCACUUGAAUUAGACAAGAUGAGUUCAACAAGCAGAGCAUGGGUAGCUGCAGGCAGUGUUGCAGUUGUGGAAGCAUUAAAGGAUCAAGGAAUAUGCAGAUGGAAUCAUACCCUAAAGUCAGUUCAAAAUCAUGUCAAAAAUAAUGUCAGAUCGUUUUCUCAAGCAAAAAAACUUUCAUCUUCUUCCUCUUCUUCUGCUAUGGUUUCUAAUGCUAACAAACAACAAAAAGAGAAAGCAAAGGAAUCAGAAGAAUCUUUGAGGAAAGUCAUGUACUUGAGUUGUUGGGGUCCUAAUUAAGAGGAGCUUUGGUUGUUGCAACAGAUGUGGGACCGAUGGAAACAUUGAAGGAUCAAGGGUAUUGCACUUUGAAUGGGUUCCUUAGCUCAUCAUGCCAAGAAAGUACUAUCUCCUACUUCUUCAACAAUUUCCA